AUGGUGACUGACGCGUUGAACAAUCAAAAGGAGUUCUUCUACAAUGCUACCUUUAGAAUCAAUAAUGAGCUCUAUCAGCCUAGCUUGGAAAAACAGACCUCAGCAGAAUUUAGACGGCUGAGCCUGCGCAUCGAGACGUUGAUUCAUCAGGCAUUUCAAGCUCAUACUUUAAGGAACAGAAUGAUCCAAUCCUCCGUUGUGAGGUUCAGCCCAGAUAAGGGGGUUGUGGUGGCGGACGUGGUGCUGGUCUUCAAGUUCAUCGCCUCGGACAGCAGAGAGGUGCUUUUGGCAAAUGUCCGCAACAAUCUGCUGAGAAGGCUGAGGGAGCCCACGGGGUCCUUGAGUAUUGACCUGGCAUCUUACAGGCUUUCAGUAACUUUGGCAGGCUGUGGGACACGGAUCGACAAAACUGGAGAAAGGAUUUCUGGAGGGAACAUUGCCAAGGAAGAGGAAUGGCCCUGGCAAGCCAGCCUGCAGCUGAACGGCAUCCAUCGCUGCGGGGCUUCCCUGAUCAGUAACAGGUGGCUCGUGACUGCAGCUCAUUGCUUCAGAGGGUUCAGGGACGUCAACAGCUGGACGACCAGCUUUGGUGCCCGCUUGAGGCCCCCGACAAUGAAGAGGAAUAUUCGCCAGAUCAUCGUCCACGAACAUUAUGCGGAUAAUGUCUUGAGCCACGAAUAUGACAUUGCUGUUGCAGAGAUCUCUCCCCCAGUGCAGUUCUCAGCUGAAGUGCAUCGUGUCUGCCUUCCAGAAGCUACACAAGUCUUCUCAGACAACACCUCGUGCUUCGUCACGGGGUGGGGAGCUCUGAAGGAUGACGGUCCCAGCGUCGAUGAACUUCGUGAAACGAAAGUAAAAAUCAUAGGCAAUGAGGUUUGCAACAGAAGAGAAGUGUACAAUCACGCUAUUUCACCUGGGAUGCUGUGUGCUGGAUACCUGGCAGGAGGAAGCGAUGCUUGCCAAGGGGACUCUGGCGGCCCACUGGUGACUCCCGAUUCAAGAGACAGGAUGUACCUGGUCGGCAUCGUCAGCUGGGGGGACGAAUGUGCCAAACCCAACAAGCCGGGAGUCUACACGCGGGUGACUUACUAUCGAGACUGGAUUGCUGCCCAGACUGGAGUCUGAAG